AUGUCGAACAAAGCAGGCUGGAUCAAGAAUCCCUGGGGGACAAUUCAGGUUGAGACUGUAGAGAAAUGGGUUCCUAGCCGCGGGGAACUGUUGGUACGGGUUGAAGCAGCCAGCUUUAACCCCAUUGAUGCCAAAAUCCAGAGGUAUCGUUCCCAAUAUCCCAUCAUCCUCGGUUUCACCUCUGCGCGAACGGUAGUCUCUACAGGGCCCGGGAUAAAUUCGGUGCAACCUGGCGAACGGGUGGUGGUGGCUCGCUGGGGCCAGCAAGCGGGCGAGGAUCCUCGAUUCGGUGCCCUCCAGAGAGCCGAGACCACCUUUGCUGAUUCCGCCGGUCUGAUCGCCAAUCUGGCGACCGUGAUCUCCGCCCUCACAAUCUACAUGGGUCUUCCGAAGCCCCCAGUCGCCGGCACGAAACCACCCACGGGAAAGAAAAUUCUCGUCUACGGCGGUUUAUCAGCGGUGGGGGGCUUCGCGGUCCAAUAUGCGACGGAUGCUGGGUAUGGAGUUCUUACCACCUCGUCCGCGGCCAACAGAUCCAUGGUGGAGAAACGCAACCCGACGCAUAUCAUCGAUCAUAGCCGCCCCGACGAGGACGUGAUCCGCGAAAUCCGGGAGAAUGGGCCUUACGAGGGAAUCUUUUUGAAGCAAUCGGCUCCACCACAACAACCAGACGCAUGGUUCUUUUCAACCAGCCCUUCCCCUGGAGAUGAGGCCAUCCCUUUAGGUAUAGAGAAGCUGUGGGCCGGAUAUUCUGAAAUACUCGUAUCUCAAGCUGCACAUCGCGAAUUGCGCACAUGGUAUAUGAACGCAUAUCUACCGGCUGCGCCGAAAAAGGGCACGAUAUGGCCAAUCCGCGGCCGAAAGGUUUUUAUCAACCCAAAAGAAUGA